GUGGGAAAGUGGCCUUUGAAUUUUCCCACGCGGAGGUUGCACCGGUUGGAAAGGCUUUUCCACGCCUGGAAGGGAAACAGAGCACUGCAGCUUCAGCCCACUCAGCAUCUCGGAGGUACAAGAGAAUGGCCCAUCUCCUGCCAGACCUUUGCAAAGAGACCCCUUUGACUGGCAGCAGUCUCUGGGCCAGCAACAGAAGCAGCAGACAGAAGGUGAAGGAGGAAAUCCAGGAAGAGGAGGAGAUGGCUGGCUUAGAAAUGCAGCGCCUGCACUUCAGACAAUUUGGCUACCAGGAGGCUGAGGGGCCACGAGAGGUGUGCAACCAUCUCUGGGAACUUUGCAACCUGUGGCUGAAACCAGAGAGGCACACCAAAGAGCAGAUUCUCGAGCUGGUGGUCCUGGAGCAAUUCCUGACGGUCCUGCCCCCACGGAUCCAGAACUGGGUCCGAGAUGUGGAGCCGGAGAACUGCUCCCAGGCGGUGGCCUUGGCGGAAGAUUUCCUGCUGAGGCAGCAAGAGGAGGAGAAUCAGGAAGAGCUGAGGCUGAGACCCUUCAAAGAGGAGACGGUCUGUUUUCCUGAGGCUGAUGAAGCAUUGUCUGAUUCCUGGCAGAAGGUCAUUUUAGGCGAAAUCAAACAGGAGGAGGAAGAGGAGGAGGAAGAGGAGGAUGGAGCAUCCCUGGGCGAUGAGCAAGUGCCUGAGGAGGCCCCAGAGAAUUCUUCAGAACCAGCAUCACAGGGGAUGCUCUGCAGAAGAGCUGACCAACACAGAUCCUGUAUGCCUGAACUAGGGGAAGCCUCUGAAAGCCAGCCAGGAAGCUGCAUAGAAAAGGGACGGGACAACAUGAUUUGCAGUUCUUCAAGUUUCCAGCAGGCCAGAGGAGUUGGAGUCCAGCCAAGGAUCCAAGACGAGCGGUUGAAAAAGUGCCUGGAAUGCGGGAAAGGCUUUGUGUGGCGGUCCGAACUGAUUGAACACCAGCGGUCCCACACGGGCGAGAGGCCCUAUUCCUGUUCAUACUGUGGGAAGAGCUUCAGCCGCAAAUCCUACAUUAUCAAGCACGAACGGAUCCACACGGGGGAGAAGCCCUACAUUUGCUCCCACUGCGGCAAGGGCUUCAUUUCUAAAUCAGACCUCAUUAAACAUGAACGGACCCACACAGGAGAGAAGCCCUACAUCUGUGCUGACUGCGGGCGCAGCUUCAGCAGGAAGCAAUUCCUGGUGACCCAUCGGAGAACGCACACCGGGGAGAAGCCGUACAAGUGCUCUGAGUGCGGCAAGAGCUUCAGCCAGCGGACAUGUCUGGUCAUCCACGAGAGAGCUCACACCGGAGAGAAACCAUUUCAGUGCCUGGUGUGCGGGAAGAGUUUUGGGAGAAGGGAUAUUCUCAUGACGCACCAGAAACUCCAUGCCCGAGAGAAGGCUUUCCAGUGUGCUGAGUGGGUGUGAAGCAGCCAGGUCACCAGGCACAGGACACUUGGGGUUCCCGGCUGUCAUAUGUUUGGGAAGGGAUGGAAAAUGGAUAGCGGAGGGGGUGCGUGUAAGUGUAGGAGAGAGACACUUGGAUUGUGAUUCAAGAAAUAAGAGCUAUAUAAAAACUCUAGUUGGCUCAUGUAGGAUUUUUCGCAUUUUGUAGCAUUAGGUAUCUACAAUCCCCCAGAAAAAUUAAGCUGUGAUUUAGGUAAAAAAAAAAAUAGUGCAUCUCACAGCUCAGCAGAGAUAAUUGAAUUAUACAAACAAGUGGGCUGUUAUUCACUCACCUGUUUGACUCUGGUAGAUCCAGUAAUGGUGACCCCUUUUCUGCCUCUCCCUGCCCCAGCCCUCAUAGGCAAAGCAGGUAGCCUUUUCCAGAAAUUGAGGUUUGCUGUCAGAUGCCUCUUGGAUGCGCAUUUGAUGGUUAGCGUGAGCCCGCAGUCAGAUUGGCAGGUUAUUCUGAUCAAGUGCUGUGUUAUGUUACGGUUAGGGUCUCUAAGGUUUUGAGUCUAUCAAUCCUUCUCUUUCCCCAGGCUCAAAUUUGAGCUCAGAUUUCCCAAUUCAACAAGGCAGUUGCAAGUGAUUUCCACGUUUGGUUUGGAGGGACAAAGCAAACUUCAGUUUGUUGAUCAACCCGUAAUGGCCUGGCUAAAAUUCCACCCCCCAACCCCCCCAUAGAAAAGAAUCUGAAGUUGGCAGUUGUCAACCUGAGCCUUGCACUCAAUGGAGAGUCCAUCCAAGAAUUGUCUUGUAGAAGUACGUUCAUAUAACCAAUCCUUUUGAAAGUGAAAAGGGCUCUUCCCAAGGUAUUUGUGGUUUAUUUAGGAGUUUCCUCCUCAAAAAAAUAGCCUCAGGGGUGGGUUAAUGCAUAAUACUGAGCAAGGAACUUUGAUGUGAACCAGUGUGUUAUCUGAGUUAGGGUGGCUUGAUUCUCACACUGUAGUGCGUUUAAAACAAGCAACAUUAUAGUUUACCAUUAUGUGUGAAUCACUUGAGACAUUAAUGAUCUCACCCAUUGCACUAAGCCGUAAUUUGGGUUGGGUUCGUUGUGAGAUGACCGCAGCUGUUGUAGCUGGUAUACUAUGGUACAUGGCCUAGGUUGUUGUGUAAACCCAGUCAGUUGUGGUUUCUUCCAUAACAAUGGUUAAGCAAGUCAUGGCUUAAUAUGAUGUGUAAACUAGCCUUUAUGCCAAACCUUCAUUGACAUUAAUUAUAUUUUAGGAUUGAAAACAUGGCUCAGAACCACUUGUUCAGUUUUGUUUUCUGUCUGCUCUCCUAUUUGAGCACAUAUGGAGAUAGUUCAGGAGGCAAGCUAACUUGCCUGUUCAAAGUGUGGAAAGGAAUUGUGACAGAGGUCACAGUUUUCAAACUCUAUGAUUUUAGCUUGUGGCUUAGAAGCCAUGACUUGUGGAUUCGAACCUCAAAUUAUAGUUUAUUUUCCUUGAUUGUGAUCUUGCAAGAUGUUUCAAUUGAACACUACGACAGUGGA